AUGAUUCUGCGGGUGAAUAUUACGGGCGUCCCUUCACAAGGAGCAAAGUCCCGGGUGGAGACCCAGAUCAAGCUCGGCAUCCAGCUGGUCAACCAGAACAACGAGCGCAUUGGCGCAUGGACACAUAUCAAGCUGCCGGAGUAUAUGGUCGCCAAAGAGAAGAACAAGUCUGUCAACGCCAAGAAUGUCGGCCCUGAGGUGUACGACGCAUUAAACAACGGCACAUGCCUCAGCCUCGAGGCCGCAGUCGUUUGCCAAAGCGACAAGUCCAAAAUCAUCCAGACCUGCACAGGAUGCGUCCUCCGCGAACGCAAACGAGCCCAACGCAAAAAGAACAUUGGCAAGAAGAAGGUCGGCGCUGCUGUUACCCCUGUCAUCGAAGACGACGAGCCCGAGGUCAUGGCCCUCGAACAGCGCAAAAUUCUCCUCUUCAACUGCACAGAAAUCGCCGAAUUCACAUCCGGCGAACUCACCCUCCCUACUCGCAUCACCUGCUACUGCCGGCAUCACGGCGAGAAGCAGGGUUUCUGCAUCCAGUUUGUCCUCCGCGACUACGCCAACAAUGUCAUCGCCGUUGGCAUCUCUCCCCCCAUCAUGAUCACCGACGAUCACAAGGCAUCCAAGGUCAAGAAGCCCGAGGCCGGUGCCGUCCCAACCAAGAAAUCUUCCACCAAAAAGUCAGCCGGCGCCACCAACCAACUCGUCACCCUCACACCCCCAAGCUCACCAUUGUCUCCUGGUGAUGAAGUUGAGAGUGAGGUUGACAUGGGUACUCCUGAGGACGAUGAUGAUGAGGAGGAAGAGUCUGAAGAAUCCGAAAUGGACUCCGCUUCGUCCAAUGCCUCGCCCUCCCCUCUCCAGGUCUCAAUGGACAUUGGCCACUAUGACCCCAACAACCUCUCCAUUGUCGACAUGAUCUCGCAAUUCUCCCACGGCGACGAUGCCCGCCAGGUUCCCUCGCCUUCAUCGCCUGUCUCUCCCUCUGAUCGUGUGUCAAUGGCCUGUCAGACAACGCCUUCACCCGAGUACCCUCCUGGGUCCUUUGAGGGGCAGCAGCAGCAGUUCCAUUCUAUGAACAGCUACAUCUACGCCACCAACAAUGAUAGAAUGGUCCCCGAGCAACUUGUUGAUAUCCCUAUCUCCCUCGCAGCCGCUACCAUGUCGCCUAUGGAGCAAUCUAGACAGCAUGUCCAGCUCCAUCAGGAACAGGAGCGUCAACAACAACAACAUCAACAACAGCAGCUUCAACAACAGCAUUUGCAGUUCCAGCAACUUCAACAGCAGGCUCUUUUCCCCGAGGCAUUCAACGGCUCAGCAACUGUCACUUCUACACCCGUCACCCGCCGCACAAGCACCUCUGGAGGCGUUGGGCCGAUCAAGCGCAAGCGACCAACAGGUGCUGCUAAUCCCUUGGCCUCAUCCGCUGCCCAACCCGCCACAACUGCAGCCAUUGCCUCUCCCAUCAACCCUCUCGUCACCAACCCCGCCUUGGUCUCGUCAUCACCUCUACCCUCAAUUCUCGGACUUACAUCCAGCCUUGCGAUGGUCCCUCCUGGCUUUAUUGUCCCGAGGAUGUCGCGCUUGAUCCCUAACCAAGGACCUUGCUUCGGAGGCAUCGAGAUUACAGUAUUGGGCGCCAACUUUUAUGCAGGACUCACAGCCAUGUUUGAUUCGACCCCAGCACUCCCCACUCAGUUCUGGUCGCCCAAUACUUUGAUCUGCAUUCUGCCACCCAGAAUUCAGCCAGGAACAACGGUUGUCACAUUUAAGGAGCAUCCUUCGAUCACCUUGCCCCAGGCCGGAGACAUGAAUGAGAUGAUGCUGUUCACAUAUGUCGAUGAGAGCGACAAGGCACUGAUGGAGCUUGCUCUUCAGGUUGUCGGGCUGAAGAUGACUGGUCGCUUGGAAGAUGCCAGGAACAUUGCCCUGCGCAUCGUCGGAAGUCAGGUCGCUAACGGCCAACAGCAGCAGGGACAGCAGCAGCAGGGACAGCAACAACAAGGCCAACAACACCAAAACACACUCGACUACAGCACUCUUGUCAGGGAUUUGAUCUUGUCGUUUGGCGAUAUGGAGACCGAUGCCGAGUUCCAAGCUGGUCUUGAGGACAGGAUCUUGACUCUUCUCACCGUCCUUUCGGAGCUCCCCCCCAACGGACACAACGUUAUCAACCUUGCCAGACGCGACACUGGACAUCGCCUUCUUCAUCUUGGAGCCAUGAAGGGAUUCGAACGUUUGGUGGAUGCCCUUGCUGAUAUGCCUGAUAUUGAGGUCGACGCAUUGGACAUGAACGGAUACAGCGCACUCCACUAUGCCUGCUGGAGAGGUCAGGCAGGAAGUGCCAAGGUCUUGAUCAACAAGGGUGCUGAUGUGAUGUUGCGAAGCGUUCACGGCGUUGGAUGUGUUGACUUGGCUGGAUUGCACGAGGGGGCUGCUAAGAUUGACUUGACCCAGGCUUUGAGAACUAGCAACAGCUGGGUCGAUGCAGGAGCCCAGGAGGACGCCGGCUACGAGUCCGCACAGGAGGCCGAGGGCGAGUCGGACGUCGACGAGGAACUUCUGGCCUUGGGCGACGUUGAGGAUGGUGAAGACAGUGGUGUCUGGCUGGAGCACUUUGCGACUGAGAGCGAUGCACUGGAGGAGGAAGACGAGAGCGAGGAUUCGUUUGAUGAGAAUAGCUUUGUUGGUUCAGAGAUUGAGGACAUUGCCUGGCUGGAUCGCGGCGAAUGGAUUGGGGAGGAGUCGUCGGACGAGUCCAGUCUCUGGGAUGGAGAGGAACAGGAGGAGGAUGUUCAGGAGACUGUUGUGCUCAACAAGUCGGAGAAUGCGGAGAUUUUCCAGGCUCCCUCUUCCCCCAGCCUGAUCCCCAUGGCGGCUGCCAUUCCACAGGACCCCAAGGAUGCCCAGGCCAACGAGAUGGCUACCAACUGGCUUCAGAAAACCUUGACACAGAUCCAGUCUUCCUCGCCCGCGUUCGACUUCGAGUUCUUGAAGUCCCUGAACCACAUCUUGCCCGAGAAGGGAGCCUUCCUGAUGAACAUGCCCAGCAUGCCCACGUCGAUCCAGGCUUUCAACGCCAACAUUGGAACUUACAUGCCCUACAACUUUAGCGGUAAGGCCGAGGUUCCCGCCUCUGAUGCCAACGCCGAGCAGGUGUCCGAGAAGCAACCCUUCCGUCAUCAACGUAAUGGAUCCAUUGGUCACGAGAUGUUGGAUGAGCAGGCUAUUUCGCACGAGCUCUGGAACCUCCACUCUGGCGCUGACCGUACCAUGAACAGCGCCAACAUUCCUCUUGCCGUCCCUGUCCCUGAGGAGGCCCCCAGUCGCUACUUGAACGUCUACCACGAGCCCUUCUCGUCGACGUCGGUCUUGCAGCAGCCCGUCAACAGCUAUGCUAUGCCUGCCCAGGAUUCCACCUACAAUCCCCUGACCUUGUCGACCGCCCCCGGUCCUCACGGAGCAGCCACCAAUGGCGGCGUUACUGUCACGUCUCCCCUCAGUAAGGUCAGACGAUUUUACCCACCAAUGGGAUCCGAGCCCCAACAACAGCCAGCUCCUGCAUCAGAUGUGGGCGAGUCGUCCGUCGUCCGUGGUGGUCGCAGGAUCAUCACCGAGAUUGUCAACAAUGGCGCCGUUGUCGGAGGAGCCGCUGUUGCUGAGCGUGCAGUCGGAGCUGUAGGUGAGAACAGACACAUCCAGGAACUGAGGGCGAGAUACCACCAAAAGAUGAAGAGACUGAAGAAGGACAAGAUGCUGUUCUUGUUCUGGGUGCCCGUCCUGCUGGUCAUGCUCGCGUUGACGGUCAUUCGUAUUGCGUCGACGUUUGAUAUUGCCCGCCAGUGGACUGGUGGACUCUUGAACCUUGCCGGUAUUCAAGUUUAA